AUAACAAGCCUGUUGAACAAGGAAGUAGAAACGACGGGUCUACUUGAGCUUAGAUUAGAAAAUAAAGUACAUUAUUAUGCUCGGCAGUCAUUAGUGUGUCGAUAAAUAGGAGUGUUCGUUCUCGUGUUUACUCUCUGUCACAUGAAACAAACGUACAGGAGGAUUGAUUGAAUUGUCUUAAAUUGUCAAGAUGAAUAAGAUGACCUCGUUUAACGAAGCGUUCUGGGGAACGGAUUACCUGAGUACCUCAGGAUUCGACACGAUGGUGAAACGAGUCCUCGAUGGAAAGUCGUUAUGCAAGGACAUGGAGGGUUACUUCAAACAGAGGGCGAAAAUGGAAGCGGAUUACAGCAAAUCUUUAGCCAAUAUAAGUAAAUCUUUAAAGAGUCGAGACAAUAUUGGACAGUUGGAGGCGUCUUGGAACGCACUCCGAUGUGAGACGGAUGUAGCCAUGACGAUUCACGCGGAUGCUAGUAAGCUUUUCUCUCAAUUAGCAGAAGAAACCCGUAAAUUUAUAGAAGAGGCCAACUCGAAGAGAAAACCAUCGGAAGAAAAAAUGAAAAAAUGUCAACAAGUCAAAGCGACGAAUUACAAUAAAAUGACGUCAGCGAAAAAGCUGUAUAAUCAACGCUGUAAAGACAGUGAUAUUGCUAAGCAGAACUACAGCCUUUUGAAGACUAGCGUUACCAUCACUGCGAAGGAUUUGGACAAGGCAAGAAAUCAGGCCGAAAAAUGUGCCGAGCAGGCGGACAAGGCAGAUCAAGCUUAUCAGGAAUCAGUGAAGGGAUUAGAAGAUGCCCGGAUCCAGUGGGAACAGGAAAUGGUCACAGUUUGUGAAACCUUCCAAGCGAUGGAAGAGGAACGAAUUAACUUUUCAAGGGACGUGUUAUGGGCGGCGACUAACGUGGACUCAAAAAUCGCCGUCGACAUUGAUGAGUGCGGUGAAAGAGUGCGGACUAAGUUAGAAUCAUGCCACAUAAAAGACGACAUUUGUGCUUUUAUUGAAAAAUUCAGAACUGGAGAAGCUAGGCCAAUGGCUAUUCCUUAUGAGAAUUAUUAUGGUGUGGUAAAUGAAAGUCAUUAUGCGCAAAUAUAGUCCAGAAUAGAUGGGGUAUUUCAACGUAUUCUUGCGUAUCCAGCUCACAUCUAGCAAAUAACAGUGGCCGGUUUGUCCCAACCUUUUCCAAUCAUCCCGAUAUUUCGUUCCGCUAAUUUUCCAGUUGUUUAAUCAAUGAUAACUACAAAAAAUAAAACGAAACGAAAAAAAAAACAAAAAAAAACCCCAACAACUUUGGGUUUAAUUCAGAUUAGGGGAAGAAUAUUACAAUUUAUGAUCUAGUGAGAAAAAUAAUAUGAAUUUAUUUUUAAAAGACAAUCGUUAUGUUAAAACUCCCACAAAUAUUAGGGAAUGAAUCGCCAUUGUGACAUUGUCAAGAAAUAUCACAAUUUAUGAUCUAGCGCGAAAAAUAUUAAUUUAUUUUAGAAAGUCAGUAUAAUUUUAAUAUGUUAAAACCAGCACUACUUUACGGAAAUGGAGUAACGUUAGACUAUUUAUUUAUUUAUUGAGAUGUAAACAAUCUUGGGUAAACAAUCGCUUUAAACAUUUCAACUAAAGUAAACAGUGAUUGUGUACAGAGUGUGAUCUAUAUUACAAUAAAAGAUCUGUAAUUGUUCAGACCUAU